UGGCUGCGCCCAUGUUUGAUGCAAUGAACCAAUUCAUUGAUUGAUUGAAGUCUAAUUCUUCUGUCAUUGAAGCAUUUCUGUUACAAAAAGACGUCAUAACACAUCUUCCAACUUCUUUCACUACAGUGAAGAGUGUUGAUUACAAGAUUUUUUUUUCAUUAUCAAGUAGUCUGAAGUAAAAUCUUUUAGGAUGGAAGAUCAUCCGGUGGAGGUAAAAAGCCCCUCCUUUCCCCGACUACUGCAGCUUCUCUCAGAUUCCCAAGUCUUGAGCUCUGAAUUACAACAAGAAGUUCAGGCUUUAAUGGAGAUGGUCAAAGAGCAACAGGAAAGAGAAAAGAUAACGGACCGUGAUGUUGAAGCCAUUGAUAAAACACUGACCUAUUUUCUAGAACUCUUGGAAAAAGAGUCAGCAUAUAGUGGUCUAGCGGACUGCUGCCGAUUACUGCGCAAUAUUUGUGUCCAGUGUCCAUCAGCACAAGACAAAGUUUUGCCCUGUCUCAAGAAGAUCAAAUCUGUGAUUCACAGCUGUGCAGGGCUCAAGAGAGGGAUACAUAAAACCGAAAGUGAAAGUGGCAUCAUUUUGUUCCGAUGUAUUGUACAGUUUAUAGGGAACUGUAUUGUCAACCACCCAAAUAACCAAGAAUAUGUGUGGAAUAAUUUCCAAGAUGAACUCAGCGAUCUGUUGACUUUUGGAGAUGAGAAGUUAUGUACAUACACAUGCAUGGUUUAUCACAAUUGCCUUAGAGGGAUGCUGGACAGGAAGUCCGAGAUGGAUACUGAGCAUUGUGGGCAAAUUCUCUGUGAUGUUGUCAAGGCAACCAUUGACAAAGAAUCUGAAUAUGGAUUAUUUGUGGUAGGAGAUUGCCUGGAAGUUAAGGGUACACUGGAGGUUGCUGAUGAAGAUCUAUUAGAUCAUGAAAUAUUGUAUGUACUGGAAAUCUUAAUAGACCAGCUGAAGAGAUUGCCAAAGGACUGUGAUUUAACGGGGCCGUGUCCUCACCCUUCUGUAGACAAUUUACGGUAUGUCGUGACCCAGGUAGCUACAUACUCCACAGCCAUACUCAAUGUCAUCGAGGAAAAAAUGGAAAUCAAUCCCAAUGUAAUUGUGAAGCAGAUAGAGAUCCUAGGCCUUGCUUCCUCCCAUACUCAGCUGUACGGAGAACUACAGAAUGAGUCAGACUUACUUACUACUUGUCUCUAUUUGCUGCACAGUAUCCACCGUCUGGGUCAGUGUGGAGACAAUGUGUUCAGUAACGUGGAGAAGGUGACCCGGGUCACAGAGGUGGACGUCCAUCAUCCAGCAUUCGGACUCAAGAAGGACAUCAUCCGCUUACUGGCCAACCUUGUACACAGACAUAAAGAAAACCAGGAUAAGGUGAGAGAAAUGGAUGGAUUGCCACUUAUUUUGGAUCAAACGAACAUUGAUGCCCGAAAUCCCUAUAUUUCUCAGUGGGCGAUACUGGCCAUCCACAAUUUGUGUGAAAAUAACCCAGACAAUCAGAAAGUGUUGUCAGACCUUAAAAUACAGGGUGUCUGUGACAAAUCGGCCGUGGUAGAGGAGUUAGGAAUCGAGGUGGAACUAAAAGACGGGAAAGUGUCCGUGAAACCCAAAACACAGGAUAGGUGAUCGACAAUUGGACCGAGCAUACUGUGAUAAAAUACGCAGCUAUUCAUUGUUAACUGUCUUCAUGUUAUAAUUAAGUGUUUUAUGAAAACGUUUUCAAUUGCUUAUAUACUGUACUGUAUGCUGGGUCACUUUCGUCCCGUCUUAUUUUCGCCCCUUUAAAUUUGCAAACAGUUUUGCACUAUUUUUAAUUCGCCAAGUCACAGUUCUCUUUUAAAACCGUGUUCUUUGUAUUCGCCUCGCUAUAAAUUCUCCUAUCGAUUAGUAGGGCGAAAGGGGCAAAAAUAAAAAAAAAAGGCGAAAAUUUUCCUUUAUACAGUACUCUUGGUUUCAUUAAAUCCAUGCAAUCAUAGAUUUUUUCUUCAUACUUGUAGUUCAUUCCUUUAAUAAAACGUGAGAUAUACAAGAAAAAGCAACCUUCAUGUAUCUAUGCUUUUGCCCGAAUUCGUUCAAUACAAAUGAAUCAGCUCUGUUAUUAAAAAUCAUUAAAUGUAGUUCAACAACCAGGAAGCUAUUGUAUACGUUUGUGUCAGUUGUAAUAUAGAUGGGUUUGGUUCCAGUGAUAACAGAUUUUUUUUCUUAAAUCGUUUGUUAAUGGUAUUCAUAUACAAGGAAUCUUCAUUUACAAUGAAAACACCAAGCCCUAUAGCUAUUAUAGUGGUUUUGUAGUAAUCCAAAGCAAUUGCGCUGUUUCAUAACCUUGUUCACUUAAUCCUGUUAAUCCCAUAUACAAUGUUAAUUGCGUACGUUCGAAAGAUGGCCUUGUGUUUUGUUUUUCCCCAAAGAUAGCAAUAGUUAUUUAUGAUUGAUCAAGCUUCAAUCAAAUCAGAUACGUUUUUUUGCAAGUGUUCUACAACCACCCCAAAUUUUACUACAUUCUUUUAUAAAUUUUUAGGUUUAGACUGACUAUCUACAUUUAAAACCUAUCAUUUAACCCUAAACUCUAGACAACUCAGUAUUGAACAAUUGUACGUUUAAGGUCAUACGAACCAUGUCUUACAAAUUUGUACCUAUUAACUAGUAUAAUUUCUCAAAUAAUGUUGAAAAAAUUGUUUUUGAAAUUGUGUAGAACAUCAUUAGGACUCAAACACUCUCUUCUAAUUUUGGAACUUUUAAAUAUCAUAUGGAAUAUGUGGAGUUAACGAAGAGUAUUUCAGCUCAAAAGUCCAUUCAGACAAUACAAAUCAGCAGCAGAGUAAAUAUUGACCUCUAAAACUUCAGCGGGGAUCAGGUGUCAUUGAGGAGUGAGCAUCCCCUGCCGAUCGGUCACAACUACCGUGUGCUCCUUUACAUCUUCGGGAUUAGCGGGAAAAAUUCGUUGGCAGUUUUGUGUGAAGUGCAAUUGUAAUGGCCUUACAAUAAGUAAGAAAAACGCCAGUCAUCAUUUUACUUAAUGAUAGAAUGUAUUUGCUGACAAUGUCAUUGUAUCGACAAUAGAACUUACAAAAUGAUGACUUGAAACAAGACUGCAGAUAUUCUUGUUUCGUCGACUUUAUUGUCAAUAACGGAUCUCUUUUAAGAAAUUGUUCACAUAUAAACCAUGCUUUUGCGUGUCGAAUCAACCAAUUUGAUAAUUACUAUAUGUAUCUACAAAUAUGCAAAUCUACACAAUUUCAAUAAAUUGUCCCCCAAAAUUUCACUUCCUGUUUUAUCUCUAUCGUUCUAAAGAUUUUUGACCCUGAAAACUGGUUGUGUUGUCAAUUUGAUUACAUAUUAGGGACUAGUUUGUCUACCUUUGUAAAUGCACGAUUUAAAAAUCGAAAGCAAAGUAUAUUGCUGAAGACCUAGUAACACUGUAAUUAAAACUUCAAAAGAACAGUUUCUUCCAUGGUAUCCAAAAUACAUUUUAAUUUUUGGUUUUUAAUAUUGUUUUCUUAUUAUUAAAUUACAUGAUUAACCAAAAAUUAUAAUGAAAUCAGAUGUCUUCAACAGACUUAGUCCUUUUUCAAAACAAAAAAAAAACGACAAAAUUAAGGGUGUUACAAUAACUGAGAUGUAGUACAUGUUAUUGUCUUAUAUUGCUGACUGAAUCGUAUAGUUCUUUUCAUAAUUAUUUAUUUUUUCUGUAUUAACAAUUUAUACAUGUUUAUGUGGUGCCUUAUUUACGCGUACUUUGUAAGGCCUUAAAUUACAUGUACCGCUAUAUCUAGACCAAUUCAACGUUUAAAAUGUUGUUAAAAGUUAAGUAUGUUUUAAUAUCAACAAUGUUAAGUUUUUUUGCAAGUCAUUUGAAUUUUAUGAUCUAGACUGCUUUGUCAGUUGACGAUGGAUUUGAAAUGAAAUGCAUUAAUUUGGUAUUUCAUGAUAUAUAUGGUUAUUAUGAAUUGUUGCGUUUAUGUAAAUUAUAGAAAUUUAUGUUACAGUUUAUUUUGUACUUAACGGUUGUAGACUGUUUGUCAUAUCAAGAAUUUUUUUUAAAGUGUUUAAAAAAUA